CCGGUCUUUGCACGCCCCGCACUGACCUGCUCACCACCACCUUCCGACCUAUCUCGACUUUACUCCUCCUCUGCUGCUGUUCCAGAUAUUGUUCUGCCGCCACCGUCUUUGUCUUUGUCUUUGUUGCCACCUGCUGCUUCUUCUUUAUCUCUAUCUGCAUCUGCAUCUUCAUCUCCAUCUGCAUCUCCAUCUCAACCUCCCUCCCGCGUCUAUGCCUCGCGUCUCCCGCUAGCUGCCUCCGCCACCCCUCAUCACCCUUCUCCCCCUUCGGUCUCCGCGUCCACCUCCACUACGCUAUGUCGACCUCCUCCUCCGACGCGUCUUCCGCCUACUCCGCAACUCCCGUCUACGCGUUCCACCCUUUCCUCCGCGCAACCCACCCUUUCGACCCGUCCUCUACCUCCUCUUCCACCUUCUCGUCCGCCGCCGACGGCUGUCUCGCCUUCGAAGCUGGCGAAAUCAUACUCCUACACUCCUUCCACUUUUCUGGCUGGGGCGAUGGAACCUCGCUUUCUUCUGGCCGACGCGGUUGGGUGCCGUCCAACUACUGCGUGCCUUACGACACUCUUCAAAUCAGACCACUGCUCGCUGCCGCGCUCACCGUCCUCACUGGUCCGUCUAUGGACUCUAGCCGUGAUUUCCAAAUCGCUGCUACCACCCUUGUAUCCGGCAUAAGGUCUUUGCUUGACUCGGUUGGAUGCCUAACCCGCGACGGCGCCGCCCUGCAAAAAUCCCAGGAACUCCGCCGCUCUCGCCGCCGUUUGCUCACCGAGGUAUCUGUGAUGAUCUCGUGCGUGAAAAAAGCCAGUAUCGAGUUCAACAGCCUGACCGCAGAGAUGGUCUCCCUCACACACAAAAUCGUCGUCAGCGCUGCAGAUUUUCUCGCCAUCUACAAUGCCAAGGAGGCCGCGAAGCGGUACUCCGACUCCCUCCCCUCGCUCGAAUACGCUUCUUCUGAGAAGGACGACGACGUCAGGGUCUAUGACCGAGAAUCGAAGCGCUCGUCGUUUGCCGAAGACGUGUUUGAGUACCAGCCAGUUUCUGCCCUCGCGCGGCUUAAUUUCUUGUACGACGCCCUCCUCGUGCGCCUGGGAGGGUUUAUCAACAGAACUUUGAUCGAUGGCCGGUCGCCGGCGAAACUGCUGGUUGCUAUCAGACAGGCUGUGCAUGCCGCCCGUGAGUUUCUUGCUGUGGUCGAGACGAUCAGCGCGCAUGCGUCACCGGUGAUCUACAGUCUUGAGGAAGCAAAGGAGACGAUGUAUCAGCGCAUCACGAUGCUCGUUGCUUCCGCGAGAGACGUCGUGGGUGCCGGGACUGAUCAGCAAGCAGUGCUGAUUGAGACCCAGACGCUAGGUAUUGCAGUCACAGAGUGUGUGCGUUCUGCAGGUGCUUGUCUUGGAAGAUCAAAGUACGUUAUCGACCGCGUCGGGGAUUUUGAUCUCGAGGUUGAGCGUCAGUAUCUGAAUUUCCAGAUCAGAUCGCAUGCCGAUAACCUUCAGCGGUCAAACCGAGGGCCUGCAUCUGCCGUCGGGCGAGUGUGCGACGAAGACCCGACUUUGGCGAUGUCGGCUUUAGCACUAGCCGAAGCUGAGAAGCGUGCUGCGCUUUCUUCGGAAAACGAACACCGCGUGAAGCGCACGCCUCUGCAGGAUCGGAUAAUCUACAACUCUGACGGACAAGUCCAGGGCGGCUCAAUCGAGGCGCUUGUGAAGCAUUUGACGGCGAACGACGCAACCCCCGACGUCCUGUUUGUUUCUUCGUUUUUCCUCACCUUUAGAUUGUUUACGACGCCGGUUGCGCUUGCGCAGGCGCUGGUUCAUCGGUUUGCAUCGCUGUCGCCAGACGAACCAAAUCUACUGGCUGCGCAACUUCGGGUUUACAAUGCGUUCAAGGGAUGGAUGGAGAGUCACUGGCGGAAGGAGACAGAUAACGAGGCGCUGCCUAUCAUUGUCGAUUUUGCCAACGGCUCGCUCAAGACGCAGCUACCGUUUGCGUACCGGCGAUUGCUGGAGCUCUCGCAGAUGGUUGUCGAUAUAGUGAAUCCUCUUGUUCCGCGGUCGAUGUCGAAACUGGGGAUCAACACCUCGUUAGCGAUUCUACUUCCAGAUUCGUCGAGCGUGCCGACGCCGAUCGUGAAUAAGCUGCACCUUGCUAUCCUUGCCAAGAACGUCCACGGAGGGGGACCGCCUCCUUCGAUUCUGGACUUUGAUCCGCUUGAGUUUGCGCGGCAGAUUACGAUCAAGGAGUCGAGGCUGUUUUGCCAGAUCACGCCUGAAGAGUUGCUGGGCCAGGAAUUUGCAAAGAAGUCGGGCAAGAGUAUCGCGGUUAAUGUCAAGGCUAUGUCGUCGUUAUCCACCGAUCUGGCCAACUACAUUGGCGAGACUAUUCUGGCGGGCGACGUGCCGCUCAAGUUCCGCAUGAACGUCAUCCGUCACUGGAUCAGAGUGGCCGAGAAGUGUCUCGAGCUGAAGAACUACAACUGCCUGAUGGCGGUGACGUGUGCGCUCCAGAGCUCUGUGAUUCUGCGACUGAAAAAGACAUGGGAGCUGCUGCCGCCGCGGUAUCAUGCCUUGUUUGCCGAGCUGAAGAGCAUUAUUGUGUACGAGAAAAACUACGCGUCGUACAGAACGCUGCUACGCAAGCAGAUUGUGCCGUGUCUUCCAUACCUGGGGGUCUACCUGACCGAUCUGACGUUUGCCGACGAAGGCAAUUCCGACUACCGGAUAUUCCACCCAGACACCGAAGAUGCGUCGCCGGUGAUCAAUUUCGACAAGCAUGUGCGGUCGACGAAGAUUAUUGCGGACCUGCAACGGUUCCAGGUGCCGUAUCGUUUCCAGGAAGUGCCGGAGAUCCAGGAGUGGCUGGAUGUUGAGAUUGCGCGCGUGCACGAGAUGUACCAGAAGGAUCAGCAUAUGCUGUACCGACGGAGUUGCUUGGUAGAGCCGCGAGUUGGGGCGCCUAAUGGACGGUUUAUUGCGGUGGUUGGAGAUACUGCGAUCAAGGAGGGCAUCAGCUGGAAUGAGGAGAUAAAGAGAUGAGGGUGCAGUAUAUGGAUGGCUGGCGUUUUACAUUUUGAUAAUCAUUUAUAGUCAUUGUUGAAUAACUAAUAUCUUGGAUAUGUUAUAAUGUUGAAUAUCUUGAAUACUCACCAGCAUUUUAUUGCCCGAUCAGGUCGAUGGUCCAUGUGCGCGCACGAGUGGGCAGAGGGUCGCGCUCAAAACGGGCUAGCGUGGCCUGACGUGAUUGCACGAAUACUGUUUACUGUCUCCCAAAUCGGGCUUAGCGCAGAAGAGCCGAGCCCGCUCCGUAUUCGGAAUUUAGAGUUUUGUACUCCCCGGGCGCAGAUUAGGGUUUUUCUCCUCCAAAAAUUUUUCAGAGAGAAAAUUAUAACUUUGGCCCGCUGCUCUUCCUCCU